AUGCAGGUGUCUCGGAACAAUACCAGGUUGACUAUAACCAGACAUCUGCGAUACAAUAGCCAGGAGUGUCCCUCCUCCCUUCGACGCCAUGUCGCCUCUUAUUCGCAAGAGAGAUUGUCUUAUAACAUUGUAUUGCAACCAACCGUCUCUAUCACACAGCGAAGCAAUCCGGUAACGACACACACAGCAAGAUUCAGCACUCAAUCUAGACAUGGCGCUCUGGACGAGUCCUCACAACCGCCUCAAUCCCUCGAGUCCGCCGUUCUCUCCUCGUUGUCUAGUGCACAACACCGACCAGAAAAGACCCUCCCAGGACAGUCCGCCGUGCGAGAUCAUUUGAGAGCAUGGAGUAUUCAGAAUGAGAAAAACAAAGCGGAGAGAGCCGCGGCAAACUUUGAUGGUCCGCGCAGGUUGACUGCGUUGCCCAAUUCCCUCUUCAUCGAAGAGUCCCGCUUGACCGACGAAGCAACGGAAGAAGAUGCUGAACUUGAGGAGUUCGAAGACUCGUUGGAAGGCCGCCAGUCGGUCAAUCUGUAUCCGGGAGACUUGAUCUACCACCGUCCGCGUGGUGUCAAGUCCGGAGAGCAGUUGGCGAUCUACAUGGGCGAGGCAGGCGUACAGAAUCAAUUCUUUCUAGCCGAUGGCCGAUGGCUGGCGGAAACUACUAGGCGCACGACCAGCCCCAUUGUCAGGGGAUUCGCCACAGUGGAAGAGAUGCGGCCCAUUCAGAAACAUCUGCCGGUGAAGCCUCUCGAAAGACAAGCUCGCGAAAUGGAGAUUGCAUCAAGCUUCAGCUUUGCCGGGGAUGUCCCUCAUCGUGACUCUGCACGCUUGGUGCGCCGUCUGCGCGAAUUCGAGGAGGAAAUGCUGGCCUUUCGGCGGGAUAAUCUCCGCUCCCUCGACUAUGUUCACGAACGCUUGUCGCAUGAAGAGUACUACACUUGUCUCACCUUCGAGGAAGUUGUUCAGAAGCUGCUCAAUGUCAAGUAUACCGAUUUGUCACCAGCGGCCAGGAUGAUCAUCUUUUUGACGUUGAGAAACAGCGCGACGUCGAUCCAGCUGGUGCCCACCAAAGUGAGGGAAGCCCCAAUGUUUGUCUUCACGCCAAAAAAGCUGGUCAAGCGCUUCGAGGAUGUGUGCGAGUGGGCGCGAGACUAUCAGGAGUCUGCCGCUCUGGCAGCCCAGGGGAAGGACGUGACAAGAGCCCUCGAGCGCAACCCUUUGAGUUCUUUCAUUGAGAAGGCACGGCGCUUGAUUCUGAAAAGCCGUGCUCUGAGGUCUCCAACAACAACUGGCAGCUUGGGCCCGAGCUCAAUCCAGCUGAUUGAAAACGGCAAGAUCGUCACCAAGGACACUGGCGAAAGGUUUUCCGAGACCGAUAAGAUGCUGCUGGAGUUUCUGUGGGAUUGCUACAUCCGCACUCCGCUCCCCGAAUUUCGGACUCGGUAUCAUUCCAUCGGUUCCCUUAUUCUUCGGGCAGUUGGGGCAUAUCCGAAACUUCGCCUUGAGCGCAAGAUCGGAAGUCUAUUACUACAAGAGCUAGGGGUACUCCCUCCUUGGUCGGAUCCUAUGGACCACGACGUAUCCAUACAGGUUCCUGGGAGGAAGGGUGCACAUGAGGUCGAUCGGCUCUUUGCAGAGUCAGACAGGGUCUCUAAAGAGUUGGGACUGGAAGAGAACUGGGAUCAUACUCUGCUUGAAGAUUCCAUGGCUUCCUUGCGAGAAGAUUUUGAUCUCCCCGUAUUCUGCGUGGAUGAAGAGACCACCCUGAUCAGGGAUGACGGCUAUUCCCUGGAGCAGAACCAGGCCAUUCCAGGCACAUAUUGGAUUCACUCGCAUGUUGCGCAUCCAUCUGCCUUUAUUACACCCGAUCAUAUCUUUGCGAAGAGGGCACGCAGCAUUGGUCAAACGUUGUAUCAUGAAGAGGUCCAACCCAUGUUUCCCUGGGGGUUCUCGCAUGCUGUCAGUCUCAAGGAUAAUUCUCCCGCGUUGACCAUCAGCACCCUCAUUUCCGAGGAUGGCGAGGUCAAAGACAUCAAGAUUCGACCUACCAUUCUCCGGAAUGUCAUCCCCCUAUUACCGACGACCGUGGAUAAUCUACUGGGCAAAUCUGUCAACGAACAAGCGUACAUGGUCCUCGGCCCGCAAGCAGAGGAUGCCCUGCCUUCCGACCGCAACGGAACGAGCCAGAACUUCGAGCAUGCCCGAGAGCUUAAACCAACUAUCCAGAAGCUCCACGAGCUGAUGUUAGCCCGAAGUGAGGCGCGUCGAAGGGCAGUGCCUGAAUACGCGAAUUGGCUGAUCACUCAGAACGAGACUGAUGUCAAAACUUCGUUCGUUGAAGAAUACUACCCAGAGCGCCUCUACCGCAGCUACCAUUACCAAGGCGAUCCGCUCAUCAAGUGCGUUGCGCCUCGUGUGGUCGAGCCAAUCCGACUCGGAGAGUGGGAGCAUUCAGCAAACUUGACCACACUGGUAAUGACGCUGGCGGCCGAAUCAGCGGCAAAAUGGUUUGCGGACCGGGGCAUUCCCGCCUUUUUCAGCGGAUCUCUGACCCAGCCUGGUUUCCCUUUGUCAAAGCUCAACACCAUGGAUGUGCAGGAGAACAAACGGCCUGCCCUGGGAACAUAUUCCUCGACUCCGAUUCCGCAUGUGUUUUUGAAUACCAGCUCGUACUUGCGUGUCACGAGCCCGAUCCGACGGUUUACAGACACACUUGCACACUGGCAGGUCGAUGCAUACCUACGAGCGGAAGCCGAAGGGCUCGUGGAGGCUGGAGGCAAUGCAAGCCAUCUGAGUCUACCAUACACCAAAGAAAUGGUGGACGAGUACAUUGAGACGGAUGCUGAAAAGCUACGCUCCCUUCUCUACAAGGUCAUGAGGGCCCCCAAGACACGCUGGGCCCUCCGGGCACUAUUCCGAGCCUUUCACUUCAAAGAGGCGGAGCUUCCUGAAGUGUGGGAUCUCAAAGUGAUCACGCUUCACGAUGUCACCGCUACUACUCCUGAAGACAGUGGACUGCGGGGCCAACUUCUGCCGUUCCAAUUGCCCACCAAACUUUUGGAAUCUCCGGAAGGAUGGGAAAAGAAGGCCCACCGCGAAUCGUAUCUGCCUGUAAAGAUCGAGCUCGUCGACCUCGAUGAGAUGUGGGUGUCCUGUCGUGCCGUUGGCCCUCCCAGCGACACGUAUAAUUUCAAGGAUCGCAUCAGAAUCGUCCCUAGGUCCGUAGCGGCGACGAUGGAGGGUGCGUCGAAGAAUGCUCGAGCCAACAGCUAG